AUGCCUGCCUGUCUCUCCACCCCGGCAGCAAUCACCCUCGAAGACCAUUCCGAGGAAGACCAUGAGCAGACACAGGCAUGCUGGGCCCGCUCGGUCACAAUAGGCGACUACACUGUCGUGACGGGGCCGAGUGGCAUGGGUGCAUAUGUGGUGUGGCCGGUGGAUGUGCAGACGCUCAAAGGUGGCACGCUAAGCAUCAGAAAGCGAUACUCCGAAUUCGACCGCCUUCGAUCAACCCUCGUGAAAGCAUUCCCGCACGCGGAGGCUAUGCUGCCCGAGCUGCCUCGCAAGUCAGUGGUUUCGAGGUUUCGUCCGAGCUUCCUCGAGCAGAGGAGGAACGGGCUGGAGCAUUUCUUGAAUUGCAUACUCCUCAAUCCCGAACUGGCCUCUUCGCCUGUCCUGAAAGAUUUCAUCUUCGCUGGAGUCAUGUGCACAUCAUAACCAACCAUUAUCGGGAGUUGUGGAAGUCAGAUGUCGGCGGUGUGCGUAACGAAUGUGUAUCUGUGUUUGUGAUUUGACGCGAGCCAAGUGGAGUUCUUCCAGGAAAGGAAGAAGGGUACAUGGACACGAUCAGCAAUGGCAAAUUCUCUACCUUGUCAUUUCGUCAACUCCGCGCCACUGUUGCUGGUCGAAUCACACGAUCUUCCAACAUAAAGCGGUCGAGAUGAACGAAGUCCUUGCCUGAGCUUUUGCUCAUUCCUUCCGCUGAAACACUCACUCCCAUUGCUUCGUUUUUCACCUAAGCGGCAAGCCACUACAUUCGACUCCCGCACAUCAAGACGAAUCAUUCCAUCGAGCUCCUU